GCAGUGGCCCAGUUAAUGGCUCAGAAAGGCUACCGACUGGCCAUCAUCGCCAGAAAUCUGGAACUGGCCAAAGCCGCCGCCGGUGACCUCGGCGGUAGGUACCAAACUAGAAUUGUCCACUUGUGGGGCUGCAGCCCGAGAGCCUAAAGUCUCCUCGUUCGUAAAACGAGGCCUGGCCAUUAAGGCUCUGUUUGGCUUCCCGCGUUCAGUAGCAGCCUUUCCUCAGUGUGGACAACAGACUGGGUGGAGAACCCCUUAUCACCGUUUCCCGCAGUGUUUCCUGCCACGCUGCCUGCAGCCAAGGGCAGAACAACUUGGGGUUUUCUUUGAGACUUAGUCUUGUGAGGCCCCAUUAAUUAAGCACUCACCUCCCUGAGGCUAGUGCUAACCGUGAGUCGCUGUUUUGUUUUGGUGUCUGGAAGGAGGGAGACACAAACUUUCUUUGUAGGGUAAAGGGCUCACUGGUGCCGCGAGGUCCCGGGCGCCGCCUGGAGACUGGGCUGGGUGGAAAGGAGUUAAGGCAGGAAGAAUAGGCGUGUCAAGCCUGAAAGGCUCUGUAUAGUUUUGCUGUGGGCUGUUUUGGCCCACGUGCAAAUACACAAAGCAGUGUUUCAUAGACAAAACUCUUUUUAGUACCAGCUAGUUUUGAGAUAUACCUGUUUUGGCUCUUUACCUCCAUAAGCAUUUAAUAGGUUAUUAAAUUGUUUUGGUGGUUUUUACAAAUGGACAAAUGAGACUUCCAGGUUCCUUUUUAUUGCAUUUAGAGAAUUCUUUUUUUUGUUGUUUAUUAAUAAUGGAUUAGUAAUUACUUUUCAUUAUUUUGCAAACUUAAGUCUUUUGAUCGUAGGGAGAAGUAGGAUGUAGGAUAGAUGCUAAGACGCUGCUAUUGUUUACUUACUAGAACGGACAAAUGCUCCUUAUUCACUAUCAUGGAGGCAUUGGGAAGUUUAGAGGCCUGGGAUGCAUCUGGUGGCUGUAACCUUUAAAAUAACAAUACUGAUUGGUUCACCCUAAUUGUGCACAUGGGUUGGGAAAAUAUUAGGCUCUUUAAAGAAGCAAAACAAAAAACAAGUUACAGAGCAGGGAGAAAUUCAGUGAAUGUUUCUUGCUGCUCAUAUUCACUACCAUUAUGUUAUUCUGACAAGAGAGUGAGAAAGUGAUUUUCCUUAUGGGGUCAUCCCAAGCCAUUAGUGUUUGCUGGAAUAGAUAAAAACUGUUGGUUGAGCUUCCAAGGGUUAUUGUGGACCCAACAGGUUUUCAGAUGAAUGCCAACGGAGAUCAUUUGGCAUUUAGCUGUGAUGUUGCCAAAGAAUGUGAUGUUCAAAAUACAUUUGAAAAGAUGGAGAAAAAUUUAGGUCGAGUUAAUUUCUUGGUAAAUGCAGCUGGAAUUAACAGGGAUAGCCUUUUAGUAAGAACAAAAACUGAAGAUAUGGUAUCCCAGCUUCAUACUAACCUCUUGGGUUCCAUGCUGACUUGUAAAGCUGCCUUGAAGACUAUGAUUCAACAACAGAGAGGGUCUAUUGUUAAUGUAGGAAGUAUUACUGGUUUAAAAGGCAAUUCUGGCCAGUCUGUGUACAGCGCCAGUAAAGGAGGAUUAGUUGGGUUUUCACGUGCUCUUGCUAAAGAAGUAGCAAGAAAGAAAAUUAGAGUGAAUGUGGUCGCACCAGGAUUUGUUCAUACAGAUAUGACGAAAGACCUGAAAGAAGAACAUUUAAAGAAAAUUAUCCCUCUUGGGAGGUUUGGAGAACCUAUUGAUGUGGCACAUGCGGUUGUGUUUCUUUUAGAAUCACCAUAUGUUACAGGGCAUGUUCUGGUAGUGGAUGGGGGAUUACAACUCACGAUAUAAUUUACAGAUUAUUCAAUUAAAAUAGUGAUUAUAAUCAAAGGCACACUUGGGCUGUUGAUUUAUUUGUAUUUGGGCUGUUGAUACCUACAUGGGUGACAUUUGCUAAUCAAACUUAUUGAUGCUACAAAUACUAUUUCCAUUUUUAUAUGAAUAUGUCUAAAAAGAUCAGUGUGUGACCAGUUGUGUUUUCUAAAUGCUAAGAACCUUAUAGGCUGUAGCGAUCUUAACAUAUAGACAUUUGCAAGUGCUAUAAACAGACAUUAUUUUAAUUUACAUAUUUUGUUGCAAAAGUGGCAAAAAUUAUAUGGUCUAAUGGUCAUGAAUUACUUCAUUGUAUCAGACAAAAUUCUCUAGAAGUUAACCUUGUGAGCCAUUGCUAAGAUAAGAGUAUUUAUAGGGCAUUGGUUAGUUGUCAAUAUUUUAGCAGUCCUGCCAAAGUUAAACAUUGUAUUCCUUUUACAUAUGCCUUAGAAGAUCAAUUUUUAUACAGGUUGAAAAAAAAAUAUCAGUUAGAUACAGGCAUAAAUUUAGAAUCCAAUUUCUUUGAGUGCAUUACUCCUGAUUAAGCAGCUGGACAAAAUAAUUUACAAAUACAAGUGUGGUACAGUUGAUCCAUCCUAUAGAAUUUCUCAAAGUGAUGUGUAAUAAUAACCUUUAAGGUUUUAAUAUCUCAUAUAGUAAUGAGCUACAUAGAUAUUAUCAACUUAGGAAAUAGAAGUAGUUUUUUUGUGUGUGUUUUUUUAUCCUCAAAACACUAAUUUUAGCAAACUACUUAAAAACAGUGUAAGAAAUUAUGACAUUUUAAAAAUUCAGAAUAUUUUGUAUGAGUGAAUGUAAUAAUUUUUAUAAAAUUUUAGAAAUAAUUACUUAUGAAUAGCAUAAAUGAUACUUUAAGUAAAUAUGCAGUAACAGUGAAUAAGAUGUCUUUAUAAGGAACAGUUAAAGCAUUAAUUUUAAAAGAAAAUAUUUGCCCGAGAAUGGAAGACACAAACUGAAAUAUCAGGCAACAUCUAUUUUCCAUUGAACUCUUUUCUGGGGAAUAGUGUGAUAUUUUAAAUGUCACUGGAUUCAUGUUGAUUUUUAUUAUUUAUCAUUUUGAAAUAUGGUUUAAAUAUUUACUGCACUUUAAAAAGUAAGUUUUAUUGGAGCUGAACAUUAUUUUAUGUAAACAGAUUUUAUUUUAUAUUGCAAGUCAGUGCAAAGGUGUGAAUUGGAUGUACUAAAUAAAUGCAAUGUGAUAAAAGUAAUAAAAAUAAAAAAUAAAAAGUAAUAAAGUCAGAUCUAAUUUCUAUGUCAAGCUUCCUGACUCCUUAAAAAAAUGAUUUUAAAUUUAUCUUCAACAUAAUCUUUACUUAAAGAAGUUUAGGAAGUAGGAAAGUUAAUUAGUGUGAGUAAAAUGAGUGUCACUAAUCAAAUUGUUUACUAAAUGCUAGCAUGGUAAUACUUGGAUUUUAUCAGGCAUUAACAGUUCCAGGUGCAUAAAAGAAAUGGAGCAGUCUGGAUGGUUUCCAGUGUUGUAGCUGAUGCUUUUAAGGUAGGAGAGUUUAUGGAGAGGAGUAGGCCAUUUUUCUAAUGCUGCCUCACCUGCAGGCCUUUAGCUACCUGCAUUUCUUCUUUAUAACAUCCCACGUAGGUUUGAGUUUCUUUCUCUGGAUAUCACAUCUUCUGAAAUCAUCAGUGAGGGUGAUUUGACUGGUGAUUAGGAAGAAAGCAAUACAUUUCACUGACUUAAUGACAUUAAAGCUACAGAUAGGUUUAACCUUUAAGUGUGUGUAUUUGUACUUCAAGAAAUAAAACCUUUUUAACUGUUACAGCCCCCUCACCCAGGUCAUAACAAACUAGUAGAAUACGGGAAGAGAUCUUGAAAUAGGUAAAAUAAGCCUUUACUGUUCCAUUCCAGGCGAAUUCUCCUACUCCCUCUGACCUGGUAGAGUUUGCAAUUUAAUGCAUGCAUCCUGUUGCUCAAAUCAGUUGGCAGGUGUUUUUUAUGCGCAGCCAUUCAAGAACUUCAGUGAAUUCUUAACAACUUGGCAAAUAUACAGUUGACCUUUGAGCAACAUGAGUUUGAGCUGUGUGGGUCCAUUUAUAUAUGGAUAUCUUAUAGUAUAGUACUGUAAAUGUAUUUUGUGAUUUUAUUAACAUUUUCUCUAGCUUUAUUGUGAGAAUACGGAAUAUAAUACGUAUAGCUCACAAAAUGUUUUCACUCACUGUUUAUGUUGUUGGGAAGGUUUCUAGUCAACAGUAGGCUAUUAAUGGUUAAGUUUUUGGGCAUCACAAUAUGUGGAUUUAAGACUGUGCAGGUGGUCAGUGUUCCUAAUCCCCUGCAUUGUUUGAGGGUCAACUAUAUUCAAAUUAUCUAAUAAUUAAGUGUUUUUUAAUAUUCAUUUCAUCUUUCAACUACAUUGUGAGCUCCUGGGAAUAAAG